AUGUACGCAGCAGCAGGUGGCGCCUCGCUGGCGUCGCGCCAGGCGCGCAAGAAGCAGGCCCAGCAGAACACGAAGAACAAGGCCACCAACCAGCUGAUACUGCGGGAGAAGCUGGCAGCGAAGGCGGCCACGACGCCGACCAAGAGCAAACCGUUCCACCAGCUGCCGGCGUCGUAUUUGAGGGCCCCUCACCAGCACCACCGGAAGCUGAGCGCCGGGUACACCAGCAUCCCGGGCUCGGAUCAACCCUGCACGUCCGGGGGCGUGGCGGGGCCACACCUGGGGCACCAUGGACACCACCAACACCACCACCAUCAUCAGCAGCAACAGCAGCAGCAGCACCCGUGCCACGUGCACGGCCCCGCACACGGUGGCCUCGCGACGGCUUCUGGGGCAUCCUUUCCGCCGAUGCCGAAACCGACCGGUUUCCGGGAGUACGACAAGCUCGUCCGACGUCAACAGUUAACAAAGUCCGCCACCGCCACGCUCCCGCUGGUGUCACAGGCCGCGUCCGACCUGACGCCCCCCGACACGCCGACCCUCGGUUUCGGUCACCAUGCGCACCAUCACCAUCUGCAUGCGGCGGUGACGGUCCUUGACCCAACGCCCGAGCAACAGCACCAACACCAGCAGCACCCGAACCAUCACUUCUACCACUACGCCCAGCAGCAGCAGCUGGUGGGGGUCACGAAGCGGGGCUCGGUGCCGGUCGCACACAGUGGCAUCUGCCGGGAGGUGGAGGAUGCCCUGACGCACCCGCUCACGCUGCAGAUCCCGAACCCGGAUCCGAUCGUGAUCACUCCGGCAACCCCCCAGGCUACGCCACCCGGGCGGCCGACGUUGAAACCUCUGGCCCUCACCGACGACGAGGAAGCGCACCCGCUGACCAGCCCGGAGCCGGGGGCACUCGAGCGGAAGUGUAGCGUGUACCGGGGACGCAAGCUGGACCCGUACGAGGAGCAGUUCUACAAUACGACGACAAUAAGCGGCGCGGGGCACCAGUACCACCCGGACGAUGUUUUCUUUUCACCGGUCGGCGGCGGGGGCACGGUACCGAACGGGGGCGGUGGACACUCGACCACGACGACCACGCCCGGCCACCAGCAGGCGGAGUACUAUUGCUGCGAGUGUGACCACCGCCAGUACGGUGUCUGUACCUGUGAUCAGUUCGAG